AUGGCAGAAACAGAAUGGAGAAACCAAACGACCGUCACAGAAUUAAUCCUCCUGGCAUUCGGGGAUCUCCCUGACCUUCAAAUUCUUCUGUUUCUAAUGUUCCUAGUGAUCUAUAUUGUAACCGUGGCUGGGAACACUCUCAUUGUGGUGCUUGUUGUGACUGACCAGCACCUUCACACUCCCAUGUACUUCUUCCUGGGCAACUUGUCCUACUUAGAGACUUGCUAUACCUCGACCUUCCUCCCCAGGUUACUGGCAAGUCUCCUGACUGGGAACAGAACCAUCUCAUUCACUGGCUGCUUCACACAACUGUAUUUCUUUGGUUCUCUGGCAGCUACAGAAUGCUAUCUCCUAGCAGCAAUGUCUUAUGAUCGGUAUUUAGCCAUAUGUAAACCCCUGCACUAUUCAACUCUUAUGAAUAACAGGUUUUGCCUCCAGUUGGCUGCUGGAUCAUGGUUGAAUGGUUGUUUGUCUACUGCCAUCUUUAUAUUAUUCAUGUCACCAUUAAUAUUCUGUGGCCCGAAUGAAAUUGACCACUUCUAUUGUGACCCCAUCCCAUUGAUAAAACUCUCCUGCAGUGACACACACCUGAUCAUAUUGAUAGAUUUCAUACUAGCCUGUGUAUUCACCCUGCCUCCAUUCCUACUAACCCUGACAUCCUAUGUGUGUAUCAUUUCCACCAUCAUGAAAAUCCCAUCCACCAGUGGGAGGCAGAAGACAUUUUCCACCUGCUCCUCUCACCUCAUCGUGGUGACAAUUUUCUAUGGCACAAUAAUGAUUGUCUACAUGCUACCGAAACUUGAUAAACUUAGAGACCUGAAGAAAGUGCUCUCUCUUUGCUACACAGUCCUGACUCCCCUGGUAAACCCCCUCAUCUACAGCCUGAGAAACAGAGAGGUCAAGGAAGCCUUGUGCAAAACAGUCAGUAAAUGUGGCUUUCACAAAAACACGCAGAGACUUCGAGAUAAUAAAUUAGCCUGA